CAGAUAACGGCAAGCCUCUGGCUGUUUCACCCCACGAGUUUACAAAUUCCAUGGCACCAAUACCAUCAAACAUACAAUGAUUCAUGCACAGCCCAAGAACAAAUCCUCCACAUUUGAACGUAGUCACCUGGAAGGUUGCUUUUUUGGGUCAAUCUACAAUUCUGACAGCAAGCUACCGUAUGAGGUUGCUUAGAACAUUCGGAGCAAAGUCCAAGCACAGGAAGAAAAGUCCUUUCUUAUUUUUGAAUGUCAUGGGAAGAAAACUAAACUUGAGGAAAAAGCUUAAACCUACAGCUGUCAAACCAUGCUAUGUUGAUGUGUACGAUCCUGGCACCAAAGAAGCUGAAGAAGGGCGUCACUUCAGAGUUGCAGAGGCCCAAAUGCCAGCCCAAACAAUUGUACGAAGAUUCAAACAGCCCCAACUUGAAGCCCAUGCAUGAUCGGGCUGACACGUGGUAAACCCACAGAAGAGCUUUCUGCCCAAAGGCCAAAACGACUCGUUUGGAA